CCUCAGCCCUUUCUCCUUGUCUCCUUCCCGCUCCCCUCCGGCAGCCUCCAGCCGGCUGCUGCUGCGAGAGCGAGUGUGUGAGCGUGUGUGUGUGACAGUGUGUGUGUGUGUGUGUGUGCAACAUGGAGGGAGGGACCGGAGCUGCCGCCGCCUUCGCCAGCAUCUAUACGGCAGCUUUCACUGCGGGAACGCGAGGGACUGGAAGCAGUCUUGAUGAAUCUGAAAGAAUGAUGAAGUCCUCUGUACACGCAGAAGAAGAUGACUUUGUGCCAGAGCUUCAGAGAAGCAUCCAUCCUAGGGAAAGGCCAGACUGGGAGGAGACCCUCAGCGCUAUGGCAAGAGGUGCAGAUAUCCCUGACAUUGCAGGGGAGCUGGCGCUCCGGACCUGCGGCAGCACAGCAAGUAUGAAAGUGAAGAAUGUGAAAAAAUACAUCAACCCGGGACUGAUGGGCUGUGAUGCCUUUCACAGGUUAUCCUUUACAAAGGGUCAUUUCCCGAAGAUGGCUGAAUGUGCACAUUUCCAUUAUGAAAACGUGGACUUUGGCAACAUCCAGCUUUCGCUCCCGGAGGAACAGAAUGAAGUAACGAGAAACGGCUGUGAAUCCAAGGAACUGGUCUACCUUGUACAGAUCUCUUGUCAGGGGAGGAGCUGGAUCGUGAAGCGGAGUUAUGAAGAUUUCCGAGUCCUGGAUAAACAUCUUCACCUGUGUAUUUACGACCGGCGCUUCUCCCAGCUCUCAGAGCUGCCCCGCUCCGAUGCCCUGAAGGACAGUCCGGAGCUUGUCACCCAGAUGCUGAUGGCUUACCUGUCACGGCUCUCAGCCAUCGCAGGCAACAAGAUAAACUGUGGGCCUGCUCUCACAUGGAUGGAGAUUGAUAACAAGGGGAAUCACCUGCUAGUCCAUGAGGAAUCCUCCAUUAACGUUCCUGCUAUUGCUGCUGCCCAUGUUAUUAAGAGAUAUAUUGCUCAAGCAGCAGACGAACUGUCCUUCGAGGUGGGAGACAUAGUGUCCGUUAUUGAUAUGCCACCAAAGGAGCUGACCACGUGGUGGAGAGGCAAACAUGGAUUCCAGGUUGGAUUUUUUCCUAGUGAGUGCGUUGAACUAAUUAACGACAAAGUUCCUCAGUCCGUGACCAAUUCUGUGCCAAAACCAGUCUCCCCUGCCCACGGAGCCCGUCCAGCGUCUUGGAGCUACUUCCCCCCUUAUUUGGAGAUGGAUAGUGUAAAGCCAGGUCCUGCACAUCUUACAGAGGCUCUCAACCAGUCCCAGCCGAGCUCAGUGUCAAAGAAACACGGCAAGCUCAUCACCUUCCUUCGAACAUUCAUGAAGUCGCGCCCAACCAAACAGAAACUGAAACAGCGGGGGAUCCUGAAGGAAAGGGUGUUUGGCUGCGACCUGGGAGAGCAUCUCCUCAACUCUGGCCAUGACGUCCCCCAGGUCCUCAAGAGCUGCACUGAAUUCAUCGAGAAACAUGGCAUUGUGGAUGGAAUAUAUCGUCUCUCUGGGAUUGCCUCCAACAUCCAGAAGCUACGCCACGAGUUUGACUCCGAGCAGAUUCCUGACUUGACAAAGGAUAUUUACAUCCAAGACAUUCACUGCGUGGGCUCCCUCUGCAAACUCUACUUCCGCGAGCUCCCGAACCCUCUGCUCACCUAUCAACUCUACGAGAAGUUCUCCGACGCUGUUUCUGCAGCUACAGACGAGGAACGGCUGGUGAAAAUCCACGAUGUCAUCCAGCAGCUGCCCCCGCCUCACUACAGGACACUGGAGUUCCUAAUGAGACACUUAGCUCGUCUGGCUGAUUACUGCUCCAUCACAAAUAUGCACACGAAGAACUUGGCAAUCGUUUGGGCUCCAAACCUCCUAAGAUCGAAGCAGAUCGAGUCUGCCUGCUUCAGUGGAACUGCUGCCUUCAUGGAGGUGCGGAUCCAGUCGGUCGUCGUGGAAUUCAUCUUGAACCACGUGGACGUCCUCUUCAGUUCCAAACUCAGCUCGGUCAUACGCGAUGGAGCAGGGCACAGUUCGUUAUCACGGCCCAAGUCUCUGUUGGUGUCCUCGCCUUCCACAAAGCUGCUGACGCUGGAGGAGGCACAGGCCCGGACGCAAGCUCAGAUCAACUCCCCCAUCGUGGCAGACAGCAAAUACAUAGAAGUGGGAGAAGGCCCUGCAGCUUUACAGGGGAAGUUCCACACGGUCAUAGACUUUCCAUCCGAAAGAAAAAGACCGCCCAGCAAGAUGAAGAAAUCGCCGGUUGGCAGUUGGCGUUCCUUCUUCAACCUGGGAAAAUCAUCAUCUGUGUCCAAACGCAAACUCCAGCGCAACCCCAGCGAGCCCUCAGAAAUGAAAGCCAUAGCCCUGGCAGGUGGACGAGGAGACAGCGGGACUCUUCGCUCAGCUAAAAGCGAAGAAUCGCUUACCUCUCUGCAUGCUGUUGAUGGUGAAUCUAAACUGUUUCGACCCAGAAGACCCAGGUCCAGUAGUGAUGCACUGUCUGCUUCCUUCAACGGAGAGCUCUUAGGAAACAUGAAUCGCUGCAAUUCUUACGACAACCUUCCCCACGACGACAGCGAUGGGGACGAGGGGCUCAUCCACGUUCCUGCCCUCAUUUCUCCUCGAUCCGCCGAAGACGUCGACCUGAGCCCACCCGAUAUCGGAGUCGCCAGCCUGGACUUUGACCCAAUGUCUUUUCAGUGCAGCCCGCCCCAAGCAGAGUCCGAGUGCCUGGAGAGCAGCACCUCCCUGCUGGAGUCCGUUGGCAUAAACCAGGAGAAGCCGAGCCUACUAAAGAAGGAUUUAGAAUCAGGCAGCCAGUCCCAGACGCCAGGCAGUGCUACGAGCUCUGAGCCAGUCUCCCCUUUCCAAGAGAAGAUGAGUCCCUUCUUCACUCUGGACCUGAGCCCCACCGAAGAGAAGGCCUGCAAACCCCACGCCUUCUCCCCCAAGCUGGGGCGAAAGCCCAUCAAAUCUCCGCCGCUGACUACAUCAGAACCCGUCUCCUUCGCACUGCCCAGCCGCAUGUCCGAAGCGAUGGGAGGAGCGCCCACCACAUCCAGAAACUCCUCUGCUUCCAGCUGGAGCAAAGGGAUUGGCAUCACUGAUAUCACAAACAGGUCCCCAACCCAGAUGUCCUUGCCCCUGAAAAACAGUGACACAGGAGCAGGGGAAGGAGCCCACCAAGAGCUACAGCAUGCCCAGCUAGUGGCUGCUGGCAAGCCCGAGUUGCCAGAAGAAGGGGAGAGACCAAUGUCAAGCAGUCAGAAUAAGACUGUACCCACUGGACACACACAGCCAGGAGCAGUUGCCCUCGACUCCCCCCAGGAUCCUGUUCCCGUCAGUUCUGUGUCUCUUAUCCCUCCUCCUCCUCCGAAAAAUGCAGCGCGCAUGCUAGCCCUAGCGUUAGCCGAGUCCGCACAGCAAGCGUCCGCUCAGUCUCAGAAAAGGCCAGGAGAUGCUCAUUCUGAAAGCACAAAUUACGGAGAGACUGAAGCUGGCACAGCUCUAGAAAAGCUCCAUCUCUCUGCUGGUGCUCCAGACAAGCUCCACCUGUAUACCAGUCUGCCCGAGAACCGCCUUCACUUCCAGACUGGUGCACCAGUAGAGCAGGAUUUCCAAGGUAGCAGCACACCCGGGGAGCAGAACCACCCACCAGGUGCACCUGGAAACCGGGACCCCCCACCUCUCCACACUGGCAUGCCUGGGGACAUGCCUGGUAGCAGAGAUGCAGAGCAGGAGCAGCCCAGCUUCCAUCCUGGUAAAGCGGGGGACAAAGAUCACUUCCCCUCCCACGCUGGGGACUGGGAGCACACACCCCACCACACUCCAGGUGCACUGCCUGACUGGGAGCCACCCUCCACAGACCUCUCUGUAGAUAAGCCCCACCUCCGUGCAUGCAUGUCCGGGGACAAGCACCACCUUCCCAUCUGCACAGCUGAUGACAAACUUCAGUCUCCUCCUGUCCUAACUGCCGGGGAGAAAAGCACCCCGGCUUCCGUGCCGUAUUUAACAACCAUCCAGACAACAGCGGCCGAGCCUAACCGCGGCCCAGCAGGGCCGGCCACCACUCAGGCAGACGUCACCGGUCCAGCUGCACCGCGCACACUGACGGCCAGCCAGCCCGCCCCGUCGCCCAGGCCAGAUCACCAGUCAGCCAUGGGACAAGUGCCACCGGCCUCCGCCAAAGCGUCCAGCGGUUCCAACCAGGUAUGGGGCGCAAGUGCACCUGAAAAGCCACCUGAGCCCACGCCUGGUUUUGUCCCAGAAAGCAGUUCUGCCACCCGCGGCUCCUCCUCUGUGCCCACGGGCCACCAGAGCCACUUGGAAAAGCCUCGGGAGACUACGAGGGCUCCCCCGCUGCACCUACGCUCCGAGUCCGUCCCCACUCACUCCUCCUACAGCUUUACACCCCCCGUCCCUCCCGUGAGAACGCUGGAGAGCAAAAUUGCUGCCGCCAUGCACUCGAACAACACAGAUGCCAUCAACAACUCCAAUUAUCACGCCUUCCUGUCUUCCUCCAUGCUGGCCUCCUCUGUGGAGGAAGCUCUGCUGCCACCACCACCGCCCCCGCCACCCAAGCACGCUUCCCUGCAGUCCGUCUACGUGCCGCAUCCCAAGCCGGAGAGCAUCCCCGAGCCCUCUGGGCCGGAUGGCUACCUGCACCACAAGCCGGCUUCCGUCCAUCAGUACAGGCCCGAGAGCGUCCCUCCCCACAUCUCCUACCACAGCAAGCCCGACCAGCACCAGGCCUACCCGCCUCGGUCGGAGACCCCCACUUCUGCAGGCACUCGCUACAACACCUACACGAACCAAGGGAAGAGCACCUCGGCUCUGCACGCCAAGCCUCGCAGCCGGACAGAGUUCGUGUCCUCCGUGAGCCCAACGGGCCUGCGUAACACCAGCUACGCCGAGGACGCUCCCCCCUACCCCACCAUCCGCAGGGUUCAGUCGCUGCACGUCCCCACCCCUGCUGCCUCCGCCAUCCGCUCCGUCCCCAUCUCACGGACCGAGGUGCCCCCGGAUGACGAGCCGGUGUACUGCCCGCGGCCCCUCUAUCAGUACAAGCCAUAUCAGCCCCACUCCGACUACCACGUCACCCAGCUGCAGCCUUACUUCGAGAACGGGCGGGUACAUUACCGGUACAGUCCCUAUUCCAGCUCAUCCGGAUCCUCUUAUUACACCGCUGCCGACGGGAGCUUUUACGACCUGGACCCCUACAGCACGGUGCGGGUCAGGCCUUUCCACCCCCUGCCCAGCCGAGACUUCGCCUCGUACGCCUCCCGGCUGCAAAGCAAAGGCCUGUACCGCUAUCCCAGCUUGUCCGCUUACCCUCGGGGUGGCCUCAUCGGCCACCUGGCUGGCAAAGAGCACAGCUUCAUCAGCAGAGAUGUGCCUCCUGCCCCGGACAUCAAGCACAUGUACAUGUCGUGGGACCUGGAGGACAUGGAGAAGUACCGCAUGCAGUCUAUUCGCCGGGAGAGCCGCACACGCCAGAAAGUGAAAGGGCCAGUGAUGUCCCAGUACGACAACGUGGCCCCGCUGUUGCAGGAGGAGCUGGGAGGACUGGAUGUGAUUCACUUGCGCAGCAAAUCGGAUCCUGGGAAAACUGGCCUCCUCACCGUGGCGGAAGGGAAGGAGGGGAGGUACCCGGCCAAAGCAGCUACGCCCGAGGGGGAGGAACGUUACUACAUGCAGCACCCUGAGCCAGAGCUGGAGAGAGCCCACUACCACGGAGCCUACGGGAACGGGCAGUCGGAGAAGCCCUCCCUUCCCCAGAAGCAGAGCAGCAUCCGCAGCAGGAAGCUGCACGAGCCGGGCUGCAACACGAACGAACACAGGACGCACUUGCAGCAGGAAGCAAGCCAUAGGCAGCCUUCCGAAUCCAAAAAUGGGCCCCCUUACCCCGACUACAGGCCCAAAGGUGGCCCGGAGCCCUCUGAGCCCAUCGCUUACCAGCACUCGGGGGGGAAGUACAUCCCGGCGAACCAGGAGACCCUGAGGCUGAACCACAAGGAGGUGAGGUUGGCGGAGGACAGGCCGGAUUUGGAGAGGCCUCGAGCCAGGCCGACCGCAUCCAUGGAGAAACACUCCAGAGACUGCUAUAAAGACGAGGAACACGCCGCCUCUCCCAUGGCACCCCCGCCCAAGCCGGAACGGAGCCACAGCCUCAGAAUGCAGCACCCCGAGCCCAUGGAGAGGGACUCUGCCCUCCUCUACCCAUACCAAACCCUUGGGAAACGCCAAAGCACUAUGACUGUGGUGUCCCAGUAUGAUAAUUUGGAGGAUUACCAUACCAUGCCUCAGCACCAAAGAGGGGGCUAUGUCGGAGGAGGGGGGUUCGUGCCCCCCAGUUUUACCCACGUGCACAGUAGAACUUACGCCACGGCCCUCGGGCAGGGAGCCUUCCUCCCGACGGAGCUGUGCUUGCAGAGGCCUGAAACAGAGGUCCACGUCGAGUGAGCUGGUGGGGGGGGGAAGGAGGGAUAGAGUCUAAGCAGCCUCUGCUGGACAGUGGACUGUUUUAUUUUUUCAGUGACGAAAAAAAAAAAAAGAAAAAAAAACACAGAAAAAAGCCACCCCCGACCCUGCCCCGAUGAGCAAAGCAAACCCACCCCUACCAGCCCACCAUUCACUGUUUUUAUGUAGUAGAGAUAGAGCUUUUCCAUGUAGUUUUGAGACAACUGGAACGACCGGGCAGGCUGUUGGCACACAGAUGUUGCCAGAGAGGCCGGGCAGAGCUGAAAGAGAUGCUGUUGGGGCAGGGAGGGAAGGAGAAGUUUUUCCUUCCCCCAGUUUGCCAUGGGCAGUUCCCACUGCUUCCCCACCGCCAUGGUCCUGUGCAUGACGGACCGUGCACGCGGCUGUUCCCCCCGCGAACCCCCUCUGCAGCAAGUCGCCCUCCCCACUGCUGGCUUCCAAGAAAGGGUCUCCACGACAUGCCUUGGGAGAACCACUGUUCUGCCCCCUCGGAGCUUACGCAGCAAGAGAGGGGCUAAAAGCCGGGCAGGGGGCUAAGACUUCCCAAGUAUUUUCUUCUCGAUAAAGGCCGAGGUGCUGCCUCUCCCUUGAAAAUUGCUGCUUAGGGGCAGCGGAUCCACUGCAGUCGCUUCAAAGUGCGUGGGAGCCUCUUGUGACUUCGAGCCGGUGGAACGGGCUCCGAAGCAAGUUCAAAAUACAACGCACUUUCUCAAUCGCUUGCUUAACAAGCUGCUUCUGACUACAAAAAAAAAUCAAAUUACUUUCAAUUUCUCUAUUGUAAGCAGAGGCCAGCUAUGGAAGCCAAGUAGGGCAGGUUUGCAUUUCUCAUACCAAAAGAAAUUAAAAAAAACACCUAGAAAAAUACACAAUACCAUACACAGAGUUGGGACCAGCACACCCAUUUCAUGCCAGUUCCUCCUCACUGCCUGGCUCUCUACAGUCCAGAUGAUUUAAUACCAUGUUGUGGCUGGCCAGACAGUAUCAUCUCGCUACAAAAAAAAUACUAUAAACAUUUUAAAAAAAAUAAUAAUCUCUGUAGCAUUAUGUCCAGCUUGUAAAUUGGAGCCCAACUUCCCAGCUGGGAGUGCCUGUGUAAGUGCCGAGUUAUCUGCAUGACCAGCUAUUUGCCCUGGGCCAGAUCCUGCAGCUCUUCCAUCAGGGAACGCUCCUAUUGACCUUAAACCGAAGGGCUGCGGGACUCGGCUCUCUGUGACCUUGAAGUGGCAUGGUGGCAAGGGGACCCCUGUGAAGCUGUGGCACACGCGGAGUAGUUACGUGCCGUCUGUGCUCUGUGAAAUAGCAUUGCCUCCCGUACCGCCAGCGUAGCUCCGACAGUAUUCCAUUAGCAGCAGGGACAGAAGGGCAGCGCGCUCUGUGAUAACGCUAAUAACGUCGUCCUAGGUGUUUAAAAGCUUUCCAUACUGUGAAAGAAGCCAGGCAGCACCUCGCGGGCGGCCACUCAGACUUCCCAGGACUCACUACGACCCCACCUUAUAAAUAAAGCACAUCCAUUUCAUUAGGCAAGCAAUACUUGAGAUUUAGGGGGUUUUAAAUGUUCAUGGAUAACUCCCAAGGCCGUUCCUGUUCCGUGUGGUUGAAGAACCUCUCAGCCUGUUUUGAAUCUCUAAUGUUUUACUAAAAACCUGGAGGUCCCGCAGUUAGCGCACAGCUGUGAAAGUUAAAGGGAACUUGGUUUUUCGAACAAAAGUUUCGUGGCUAUUUUGGGGCUUUUGAAUCAUAAGGAAAACCUGCUUCUAGUAGCUAACUAGUCUUUAGCUGUUUGCUUCUUUUAAUCUUGUAGCCUUGUCUGGGGCUGUUACAGUAACACUACCUUACGGUCCUAUUUUAGUGUGCGAUGCUGUCGUUUUACGCAUUUUGUUCAGAAGAGUUGUUCUUAACGUGUUACGGAAAUAAAUCUGGCAGUCAGGGCAGAAAGCGGCACCGUGAUGAGGUUACCGCAGUCACCCUGGGAGUAAUCACCAGGCAGAGGGGGUGGGGGUUUUGUGAUGUUUUCUUUUAAGGAAAACUAACAGGACUCCGUAGGACGGGGCCGUUGGGUGGGGCCGCCCUGUCUCCAUUGCUGCCUCCCAGGGAAGGCUGACCUGGCCGGGUUCCUGGGUGCAAGCUCCAGGGAGCCCAGCUGAAGUUUGUGCUCUUUCAGUAGAGGCGUGUGUUGUGUUGGGACCUCGACCGUUGUAGCACGGUCUCCCCACAGCUGCCAGUUACCUGCCGAGGUCUCCAGUGGAAGCAGGGACGGUGCGUUUGGUUCAGGCUAUUUGGGAUUCAGGUAACGAGAGCCGUAGGUCAGACCUCGCUCUCCAUGAAAGCCUUAACUCCCCACUCCUGCCCCCCGCAGCACCUCUCCUCACCUCCUUUUUGGCCUUACGUUAACCAGGACUAUCCUUCUACUAUGAGGGGGCUGUGCCCAGCUCCCGCUAAUUGUAAAUGCCUCUCUGGAUUUUCCUGCUCAAAGCCACUGUCUCCCUCCAGAGAUCAAGUGCCAUCCCUGGAUCUGUCUCCUACUAGUCCUGCCCGAGCCCGGGCCCCUCAGCUCACCACCUUGGAUGAAGUGCCAGGUGCGAAGCGCCCCCGCACCCCAUGGAAAAGAAAAGCUUUCAGCACCUUUCAAAAGGAGCUUCUAGAAGUGCACACCUGUACACGAGCAGCCUUCCCCUUGAGAACGAGAAAGUCUCCGUUAAAAACGGACACGCAGCAGGAGACUUAAUAGCCAGCAUCCUCCCGGCCCCCUGCACGCAUCAGCGCGUGCUUCAAGGGCUGAAAGCUCUCGGAGAACCCAAACCAACUUCUGGGCACCAGUGUUGAGCCACAAGUACAAAAAAAAAAAAAAAAAAAAAACCAACAAAAAACCACCACAUUUGAAAAAAACAAAACAAACCACCAAGGUUAAGGCACCAGCUUUUCCCAGACGAUAAUACAGACGAGCACCUCGUGGUGUUGGCACUGCCCGUGGGGCAGACACCCCGCGGGGCUCAGUGGUCAUCCCUCGCCCACCCGCGCAAAGCCAUAUAGUGAACUAUGCAGUUCUGCUCUCGCACUGUGCUUGAUCUGAUGGUCCUUAGACUUUCGCAUCCUCACUGAGUCACGAUAGAGUCCAAACAUCCAGCUAUACCUUUCCAAAAAACCGUGUCCGAGAUUAAGACGGGCGCUGGGGGUCAGAGCGAGGAGGGGGGGUUCCCCCAGCUGGCUGAGGAGGUUGGUGGAGGUAAGUUGGUAGCUCAGUCCUAGCAGAGAAACGGGAGGGCAAGGGGUCGGCAACGCAAAUAAUACUCUACUGCAAGUCCAGUUCUGCUCAGAUGAAGUAAUUUCUUGCCUAACCUUAUCCCCAGCAAGGAGAGGAGCAGCUGUGUUCUUAGAUAAUUCCCGUAUGCUUGCCACAAGCUAUCCGCGUCUUAAAUUGCCACUUCCUAAGUUUUCGGCCGAGUUUCUCCCUAGUGCAUGCAAGAGUCAGGUCCAAUAGUGUGUCCAACGCUGGAUUCCCACCUCCGCCUCGGAGCGGAGUGUGCGACCCCUAGGGGACCUUCCUUGGCACGGGGGGAGUGCAGAUGUUCGGUGAGUAAGGACCACCUAGCCCCUGUGAAGUCUUAAGCAUUAAUUUCUGAUUUUUCAGGAGCCUUAUCAGGUGAAAUCUAUAUGCAUACAUGACAAAACACCCACGACUUUGUGCCUAUGUCUUUCCAGAGCUCCUCGCUUUAUGCUCAUCAUUUCAAGGGGGGGUCAUUAAGGAUUGCACAGCGGUAGUAAGUCGCUACCCAAAACCAAAACCACCUUGAAAACCUAAAAACCCACUGUUCCCCUUUAACCCCAGAAAGGGACAGAACCUCGGGCGUGCUCUGCCGUUCACCGGGACGUCGACAGGGCAUUGACUGAAGUGAUGUGUUACGUGUUGGGAAAUCUGGAUGAGAAGUUGGGUCACUUCUGUUAGAGGCGGCUUAGGCACGCAACUCUCUUUCCCAGAGCCUCCUGCUAUCCGCUGCUGAAAGGCAUGGUCUGGUCCGAACAAACCUCCGGCCUCGUACCUUUGUGCGCAGAGUCUCGCCUCGUCCGGUUGGGGGGAGGGGGGGGGGGGGGGGGCGGGGAGAAAAGGGUUGUUUUGCAGUUCAUUUUCCUGCUGUAGAAGACUUGAUUUUUUCUUUCCCUGAGCCGCAUGAGAGAAACAUCCCAGAAAGUCUUGGGUUACCUUUGGAGUUCCCUUCACUUUAAUUUAUAUAGUGUCUUUUUUUGUGAACUGGUGUAAAAUGUAUAUGCCGACAAGCUCAUGUAUUUUUAUGUAAAUAUUUUUUGUGGUUUCCCCACUUGCCCUUCUCUGUAAAUAUCUAGAAUUCUCAUAUUCUUCUCACCUUGUAUGAUGCAGAUGUGGUUUUGUUUCUGUUUUUUAUUUGUACUGUAAUGCAACAAUCCAGACUGAGGUGUCUUGUGGUAUUAAACAAAAGCAACAGUCCCACUGAGCUCACACUCAGAUGUACAACUUGACAGCAUUAAUCAAGCCAGGUUAAAAACUA